GUAAUCAGUCACGUCAACACUACAAAAAUGACCAAGUCAACCCCACAAAAUCUCAUGCGCACGUUCAAAGAUAGAAGCGACGGUAUCUGUCGCAAAGCCGCAAAGCUCCAUGCGAUCGAUAGCAGUAUCCGAAUAUCUGUUAUUAUCGAGAAACCCGGCCAGCGACCAGUUGUAUUUUCAUCGGAGGAACAAGGAUUUCAAUGGCCAAGUUGGAUGGAAGAAUAUGUGUAUGCCGAAGCACCGAUUGUGAAACGACCGUCCCAUUUUGUAUCUUUGAACGAGGGCAUUUCAAGAGGACGGGUGAAGGUAGCCAAACAAUCUUCU